GCCUACUUCUCACUCGCGACCUUCAGUUUUCUCUUCCGUCUAUUGCAAGACAACAUCGCGCAGCAUGUCUAGUACUCAAGCAGACUGGUCUCGCUCUGUCCAGUACCACAACUCCUUCCUCCUUCAGACCGAAGCCGACAAAGCAGUCGACGCGGCUAUCGCCCAUAGCGCGGAGUCCGGCCUGCCUGACUGGGCGGUGGCAAGGAAUGAGGGGAAAUUCUUGAAGCUCGUUGCUCGGAGUAUCGGAGCGAAGCGGAUAUUGGAGAUAGGUGCUUUGGGAGGGGUAUCCACAAUCUGGAUGGCACAAGCGUUGCCCGCAGAUGGUCGUAUCGUCACUCUCGAAUUGUCCAAACGUUGCGCAGAGGUAGCACAGAGGAACUACGAGCGUGCCGGAGUAGCGUCCAAGAUCAGAAUUAUGCUAGGAGACGCCGUCGAUACAUUAGCUGGCCUCGACGCUAGCGAGCCGUUCGACGUGGUCUUUAUCGAUGCCGACAAGACGAACAACCCUACGUACUACAAUGAAGCGAAGCGGCUUAUUCGCCAAGGAGGCGUUAUUAUCGUCGACAAUGCCAUCUACCAUGGAACUAUCGCGGACCCGAAGUAUAAAGACAGUGAAACGGUAGGCACGCGCGAGAUGCUGCGGUUGAUCAAGGAGGACAGCGAGGUGGACGCCACGACGAUAGGGACAGCAGGAGAGAAGGGGUUCGAUGGAUUCCUGUACGCUGUGAAACUCUAA